AACAGCGUUAAAAUGGCUUUUACUUUUGCAGCGUUUUCAUACAUUGCGGCACUUAUUUUAGAUGCUUUUUUGAUAUUUUUUGCUAUCUUUCAUGUUAUUGCCUUUGAUGAACUGAAAACGGACUACAAGAAUCCUAUUGACCAAUGCAACAGUUUAAAUCCAUUGGUGUUACCAGAAUACAUAAUUCAUCUAUUCUUCAAUCUUCUAUUCUUAUUUGCUGGAGAAUGGUUCACUAUAAUACUUAACAUACCUCUCAUUGCAUACCAUGUACACAGGUACUUGCACAGACCCGUCAUGAGUGGGCCAGGUUUAUACGACCCAACGACGAUUAUGAAUGCAGACGAACUCUCCAGGUGCCAGCGAGAGGGUUGGGUAAAGAUGGGCUUCUACUUGCUGUCGUUCUUUUACUAUCUGUACAGCAUGAUCUACGUUCUGGUUAGCGCCUAAAGAAGAGGCUCCACGCUGUUAGGAGCAUGAGAACAAGGCACAGCAUCUGUUGGUGUUCUGCUCGCAAGAUGUUUCCUACUUUCCCUUUGAAAUAAUAAAUUUAGUUGUCCUGCCAGGGAGAAAUACAGGCUCUGAGUUUGCGUUUAGAGGAAACUCGAUUUGCACGAUAAUUUUUAUUCUGGUCAUCGUACAAGCCAUUCUUCUUGCAUAGCCAGUGUGUCAUCAUUUGAGCUCUAUCAUACUUGAUUAACGGUAAGUGUUUGAGUGUAGGUUUGUGUGAACAUCACGUGUGAGCAGCAAAUGUAAAACCAAAUCUAGCGAUCACCUUUGCAUGUUUAUUCCUCCGACGUGCUUUAUUAAAAUUAAGCACAAGAAUAAUGCUACCCAGCUUUCAGCAUUAUUGUAUACUAAACCAAGAAUAGAAAAGCAUCAAUGAACUUAUGUGGUAACAAUAAUUCUUCUGUAGUAUUGGAAGAAAAGCUAUAUGGAAACGACCGUCCAUUAUAAUUUAAUUACUCCAGUUAUCACACAGCUUGAUGACAACGCUGUUAGUUAGUGCCAGUAAAUGCAAUAGAAAUGCAAGUUGGGCUAUUAAAUUAUUGUCUUUGAGCAGCUUUUAUGUAGAACUCUUGAACUGCUGUACUAGGUAAAUAGCAGUAGCCUUAGAAGUUGAUUCAUGAAUUUAUGUCGAUGGUAUUUUCUUUGCAUGCUAAUCUUGAAACGUAUUUUAUACAAUAAUAUUACAUGUCACUGUAUCUAUCACGUGUCUACAUUUCGAUUUCUUGGUACAAUAUAGCAAGAUUCAUAUACAGAAGUUGGUUUAAAGAAA